UUAGUUGUUAACGGCAACUAGUGUUGUUCAUAUCGUGUAAUGUAGUGAUAAAUAAUUUGUGAUCGUUUCAACCAAAAUUUUCAAAAUGAAAGACCGGACUAUGCAAUAUUUCGUUUACGUUUUUGAGUUAAGAAAUAAACAUUUCUCACAUCCCAGUGAAUAUUUAUAACACAAACUUUUAAUUUAUAUAUAGAGUAAAUAAUAAACUUUUUAGUAUUACAAAUCUUCGAAAAAUGGAUUACAAACAUUAUGGAUCUAUCACCCUCACUCCUUUAAUCGAAAAGGAAAAAGAGGUGCUCAUCCCUAUCGCACACCCGACUGCAACCUCAGAAUAUCAGGGUUUGAGAAUUUUGGGAAUGUGCAAAUCUACAUAUUUGUUUUCCUUUUACCUAUUUUUCUACGUUUUCUUCCUGUGUAGCGGGGCGAUGGUAUUCUCCUAUUUCGAAAACCCCGAAGAAAGAGCGGCAAGAUUGACAGUCAGAAUGUCUAUUCAGAAGUUUCUUCAGGCAAACCCAAACGUAUCAGAUAAUGAUUUGGAAGACCUAAUUAAAGAAAUUAUACAAGCCAGCAAUAGAGGAGUGUCAGCUAUCAAAAAUGCAACGGGUGAGCCAAACUGGAGUUUUGGACAGUCGUUGUUUUUCGCCAGCACCGUUGUGACAACAAUAGGUUAUGGUCACGUGACGCCACUAAGCAGAAUGGGCAAAAUAUUUUGCAUGGUGUACGCUAUGGUCGGCAUUCCUCUGACGCUAGUGCUGCUAUCCGCUCUCGUGGAAAGACUGUUGGUACCCACUGUUGGACUGCUGCAAUGGCUAAAUUCAAGACUUGGACAUUUAUAUCAGCCUCUAAACAUAAGGAUAAUGCAUCUCAUAAUAAUGGUGCUUAUUCUAGUAUGCAUCUUCCUGUUACUUCCAGCUGCUGCCUUCGCCGCAAUAGAACCAGAAUGGGAUUAUCUAGACUCUAUAUAUUAUUGCUUUAUUUCUUUGACAACGAUAGGUUUAGGAGACUACAUACCUGGCGACUCUGCCGAUCAACCUUACCGUCCGCUCUAUAAGAUAGCUACUACAUGUUACCUUUUCAUGGGCAUAACCAUAAUGAUGUUAACACUAGCAGUAUUCUACGACAUUCCGCAACUGAACUUGGGACUUUUAUUCACCGUAAAAGAAGACAACAGUUCCGAAAAGGUCAGACUCGCCUCUUCUGGUCAGGACUUAAACUACGGAGCCAGCACUCUGACGCCACAAAAUGAAGAAAAUACCCACCGACAAGUAGUGAGAGUCCGAUCCAGGAGAAACGACAGUCCUAGUCCAGAUGACCCCGGUCCUAGAGGGAUUCCCUGAAUAUCAUCUCGUUUGCUGAAUUAAAUGAUAUAAAUACGUUACUGAUAUGGGAUGUUGAACAACGAAUUGAGAUAAGUUUGGAUGUAAAAUAUUUCCGAAAAAUUUUAUUUUGAUCAACUUUUUGUUAGGUCAAUAUGGCAAUUAAGUGUUUUUACUUAUAAUAAAAAUUUAAGGGGAAUCGAAAUUCUGUGCUUAUUUUAAAUUUUUAUUUAGACUGUCCACUAUUACCAAUUUUUUGUUUUCAAGACGAAGAUUCUUGAAAGUUGUGAAAUCAAAUUAUGAUAAUAAGUAUCUACAUACCUACAUAAGUAUGUUAUUAGCUUCUAUUUGAUAAAAAAGCUAAAUUAUUUUCAAAUUUCUGUUUGUUUGGGUGGUAAAUAUUGCACCAGUGGGCGUCUGAGCAUUUACCAUCACCUACAAAUCAUUGGUAUAGAUUUCUACCCAAGGCCGAUGCCACAUUAUGCGUUUUGACCGGAUGCGGUGAAAACGCAUCCGUUUCCAACGCAACCGAACCGACCUGUCACACUAUGCGUUUAGUCUGGUGCAGUUUGUAAGCGCGUACCGAUGACUCAAAACGCAUCCGUUUCCAACGCAACCGGACCGAUCUUCACACUAUGCGUUUUCACCGGAUGCGGCGGAAACGUAUCCGGUCAAAACGCAUAAUCUGACAUCGGCCUAAAGGAGACAAAGAAGGCCCCAACAAUUAUAGAGGUAUACAUCUACUGAACACCGCACUUAAGCUAACCAACAAAAUCAAUGAACUAACAACUUUAUCAGAAAACAACAAGGAUUCAUAUCCGGUAGAUCCUGCAUAUACGCCGUAUUUGUACUAAGACAAAUCACAGAAAAGGCCAUCGAGUACAAUAAACCAGCAUAUCUGUGUUUUAUAGACCUGACAAAGGCUUUCGAUCGCAUCCAAGUCGAAGACGUCUUACACUUACUGUAUACAUAGAAGAAACAUACCAAUCAAUAUUAUACAAACCAUUGAAAACAUAAUCGGAUACAGGCAAAGAUAAAUGGAAAACUAACACAGUUUAUACCAGUACAAAGCGGAGUCAGACAAGGCGACUCGUUAAGCCCACUGCUCUUUAAAAUAAUCGAAAAAAUAAUAGAAGCAGUACGUAAAGGUCAUGGGUCACA